AUGCCUGAUAUCGAGAUGCCCGAUGCCGACGACCUUGGUGGGAACGUUACCAAGCCCUUCAAGUUUGUCACCGCUGGAUACGACGCUCGGUUUCCCAACCAGAACCAGUACGUUGAGUCCCCAAGUUGGAGGAAGAAGAAAAGAAGGAAAUCUCAACCCAUCAUGCAACCCGCGUCUAACCAAGAUCGCUUUCCAGGACCAAACAUUGCUGGCAAAACUACGUCGAUUACCACAAGUGUAUUCUCGCCAAGGGUGAAGACUUUAAACCCUGCAGACAGGUAUGCUAGAACCGGAGUGUCCCGUGAAUGA